GCAGAAGCAGUUGGUUUGCUCCGCUGUGGCUGGGACUUCACUGAGUGCUAUGUUGAGUGCUUAUUUAGGUCUGUUACAGCAGACUAAGAGCAGCUUGCCCAAGGGCAUCGGGAGAAGAGAGGGCAAAAAAGAGCAAGAGACAGAGAAAGACAGCAAGAGAGAGAGCCGACCGGGAGCCAACUCCGCAUUCCAGCCCUUGGAACGAGACAGAAGCGACCAGCAGUGGGAACUGAUAGGAAUAGGGGAAAAAAGAAGGCAACGAUAGGGGCUAGCACUACGCUGAUCUCAAGCUGGGGAUUUGACGCCAGUUGUUGGUGUGUGUUGUUGUUGUUUUGAGGAAAGUAAGCAGAGGCAGGCUGAGGCAGUUCUAGGACAGUGUCGGUUUCUCUGGGGUGCGCAGCAUGUUCGACUGCAUGGAGGCGCUGGGGAUGGGACCCCGCCAGUUGUAUGAUGUCACCAACCGGGGUGCAUGCAUGCUAAGGAAGGCGAACCCCUUCUUUGCGGGACUGGACCCUUUCGCCUGGACCGGGACAGCCAGCGUCCAGUCGGUGGAGACCCAGAGCACCAGCUCAGAGGAGAUGGUUCCCAGCUCUCCAUCUCCGCCUCCACCACCCCGUGUCUACAAGCCCUGCUUUGUGUGCCAAGACAAGUCAUCAGGCUACCACUACGGGGUCAGCUCCUGUGAGGGCUGCAAGGGCUUCUUUCGGCGCAGCAUCCAGAAGAAUAUGGUGUACACCUGCCACCGAGACAAGAACUGCCAGAUCAACAAGGUCACGCGCAACCGCUGCCAGUACUGCCGCCUGCAGAAGUGCUUCGAGGUUGGCAUGUCCAAGGAAGCCGUGCGGAACGACCGCAAUAAGAAGAGGAAGGACGUGAAGGAGGAGGUGGUGCCAGUGGAAAGCUAUGAGCUGAGUGGAGAACUGGAGGAGUUGGUCAACAAAGUGAGCAAAGCUCACCAGGAGACCUGCCCCUCACUGUGCCAGCUGGGAAAAUACACCACAAAUUCUAGCUCAGAUCACCGCGUGCAGCUGGAUCUAGGGCUGUGGGAUAAGUUCAGUGAGCUUUCCACCAAGUGCAUCAUCAAGAUUGUGGAGUUUGCUAAGCGCCUCCCUGGCUUCACAACUCUAACCAUCGCUGACCAGAUCACCCUCCUCAAAUCUGCCUGCCUGGACAUCCUGAUGCUGCGGAUCUGCACGCGUUACACACCGGAGCAGGACACCAUGACAUUCUCAGAUGGGCUCACCUUGAACCGUACACAGAUGCAUAACGCAGGCUUUGGUCCACUCACUGACCUGGUGUUCGCCUUCGCCGGGCAGCUGCUGCCGCUGGAGAUGGAUGACACAGAGACAGGCCUCCUCAGCGCCAUCUGUCUGAUCUGUGGAGACCGUAUGGAUUUGGAGGAGCCUCAGCGUGUCGACCGUCUGCAGGAGCCGUUGCUGGAGGCACUGAAAAUUUAUGCCCGUCGCCGCCGGCCCAACAAGCCCCACAUGUUCCCCCGCAUGCUGAUGAAGAUAACUGACUUACGAGGCAUCAGCACCAAAGGAGCGGAAAGGGCAGUCACACUGAAGAUGGAGAUUCCAGGGCCCAUGCCCCCUCUCAUUCGAGAGAUGCUGGAGAACCCCGAAGCGUUCGAGGAGCAGCCUGAAGCUAGCGAGAGCAAAGCCGAACCCCCUGCCCCGCCGGCCCCACCAGCCCCGCUGCUGACCAUGAAGACGGAGCGUGAGGACGAGGACGACAGCUGGGCCAACGAGAACGGCAGCGAGCCGUCACCGGAGGAGGAAGACGACGAUGAUGAUGAUGUGGAGGAGGAGAGGGAGACAGACAGUGAUGGAGAGGCCUGGGGUGGUCAGGAAUCCAAUGUCCAGGACAUGUCCAGAAAGAGCCAUGGGGGGAGAGCCCAGUGAGCAGGCUUUUGUCCAUACACACACACCUCAUACCAACAAUCCUCCCUUCGACACCUUAAUCCCCCCUGGCCCGCCUCCUUUUUACCCCCACUCACAACAAUCUGCCCUCAGCGGAGGGCAAACAUAGAGCCUUAUCAAUUCAGCCGCCUAUAACUCAGGCCUCACGGUCAGCGGUGAGAGACACACUCAGUCAGAGACUUAAAAGAUGCACGCCUCUUCUCAGGAACUGUCUUCAAAGGGCAAAGAGGGAAGACGCGAGACUUAAACAACUGAAUUUCUAGACAAAACAGCAGUCGCUUUUUUUUAUACUAUCUCGUUUGUAUUGAAAAUAAAGGAGCAGCCAAACCUACAGAAGCCAACGUGAAACAUUCAGCUGUCAACAGGUUCAAAGUCAUAUUUCUCCAGAACACUGCAAGGAAAAAGAAAAGAAAGAACUAACGCUUUCUUGUUGUUCUUGAUGCAUUUUGUUUUGACUUUUUCAGCCUUGAUAUAGUUCUCUUUACUUUUACAUUUUAUGAAUAAGCCCAUACAUAUCUAUAUACCUUUAUAUUUUGUCGUCUUUGUAUACUAUUUCUUCAGUUAUGUAUUGUUUUGGAUAGCUUUCCCAAGGAGAAACCGAGAGAGAGAUAAUCGAAUGACUAUAAACUGGCAGACCUCUACUGAGUCUCUACCCAGUCUUUUUGGCUGGGUUUUUGGGCACUUUGGCUCAUUGUAGACGUCGACGAUAAUCAAUUCGAUAGCAAAAUCUCAACUCCCAGUUGGCUGAUCCAUGUGUUUUCAGGAUUGGCAUUAUGGGUAUUAGUUCUGGUUGUGACAAACACAGCAUCUUUCCUGCCAAUCGAAUAUUAUAUUUUGUGCCAAAGCAUGCAGUUUGUAAAGUGGGAAGAGAGUUGAAGCUCUUAAGCCAAACUCUAGAGAGGAAAAAUGUCAGUUCAUAACUAAUGCAGGCCUUGUCCUAAUAAUUGACCUAUCAAUGCUCCACCCACAAAUCCAUUCUUUUGCAGCUACUGUUGAGGCUUUACAAAAGGACAAAAUAAUGAGGAAUUGUAGCACAUAACUUGCUCUUUUUUCGUGGUGUGAUCUCACCCUGCCUUACAGCUACAGCAAUUAUCUCUGAUUAAAUAAUUUCUUAAUAGGGACAUUGUGUGGCUUACUAUUCACUGGGAUUAUGGAUUUCCACCUCCAUUGCUGUCACCAAGUAGUUUGACUUUAUUGGCAGGCUGUUGUUUGAGGCAACAUAUUAUGACACUGUCUGUUUUUGUUAUGAUGUCUGUACAUCUGGCAAAUAUCAUGAGGAAAAUGUUGCCGGGAAAGAAAAUGUUGCCAACCCUCCUACUGAACAUUUACCUUCCUGUAGGCUCAUCCUUAAUGUCAUCAAGGAUUCUGAAGGCAAUAAUUAGAUGGAUCUGCAAGAAGGUAGAUCUCACGGAGCAGGGUUGGUGACCACUUCAGCCAUUCUGUAGUAGUCGGCAUUGAAGACGUAACUAGCUAGUAAUGUUACAUUUUUUUCUUAGCCUAGUAGGGCACUAUAAUUUGUCAUAACAUUGAAAUUUUGUCCCAUAAAGCUUGUUCACCCUCAUUUUGUCCCACAAAACAUGUUAAAUUUCACAUUUAGUCCCACAAGUCGUGUUCAACCUUGAUAUUUUGUCUUGUACAGCUUGUUGAACCUUGAUUUUUGUCCCAUUUUUGUCCGAUUUUUUUUCCACCUCACAAGAGUACAUAUCUACGAAAGCUUGUGGGCGGAGCAUAGAUAGAUCAAUUGUUCUAGUUGUUUCAGGCUAAUCCCGCUUUGUUCAGAGUGCUCAGGGGGAGGUCUGCUAUUGGCCAUAUAUGUAGCACUUCAAUAAUGCUGUUGUAAAACAUGGCAAACUUGGUGCUGACUGGUGUACUUAUCAUACAGAGCCUGGGGAUUCCAGUUUAGCAAGACACCAUCCUUCAGAUCAGGUGCUUAGCUUUGCUAAGAUCCAGGUGACUUAGUGACUCUCGCUCUCACUGAUGUGCUUAAAAAUCACAUAGCCACAUCUAAUUCCCACACUUGGAAAGCACAUAUCCUGCAUGUUAACAGAACUCUUCAUAUAUAUAUAUAUAUAUAUAUAUAUAUAUAUAUAUAUAUAUAUAUAUAUAUAUAUA